AUGUCGUCUCUUUUUGGCAAGAGCGGCGGAGGUUCGCGAUUCCAGCUGCCCGCUCUCAACCUCAACUUUGGUAGUAUCACAGACGGUACCAAUAUCCCACCGCCUCCGGAAUCACCUGUUCAGAAGGUCCCAACUCCUCCACAGACACCGCCACCCGCCAAAGACGUCAAGGACGAAUCCAAGAAGGAGCCAGGACAGGAUACAUACAGCAGUGUCACCGAGGACGUCAACAAGAACACCCCUCAGCCAAGCAUUACUGCUUCUUCUAAUGGUAAUCUCGCUGGAACAAAACGCUACGCCGACGAGGAUGCUCCUUUGAGCCCAGCUGCUUCAAGCCGCCAAGGCAGCAUCCGUCGCCUAUUCAGUAGAACCAUGUUGAAUAACACUUAUGCAGAGGGCCAGAUAUCAUCGAACGGAAGUGUCCCGGCCGCCGCCGCCGCCGCCGGUGGCCUUGCUCGGCCGAGUAGCCAGGGCGGUGCAAGCUACCUCGACGAGCGCAAGUCUAGGAGAACCAGCGGCUGGUUCAGACGCAUGAGGACCGGAGAGACGAUUCCCAACAAACGAGCCAGUACCAUAUUUAUGGAGGAAGGUCCUCGUGCACCAACACCCAGGAAACAAUCCGCCCCCCCGCCUCCCAUGAUACCUGAAUUGACCGAUCUUGAAAAGGACAACGGAAGCUUGGGUUCUGAUCUUUUCAAGAACAUCAAGUAG